AUUGUUUUGAAAUGAGUUACAAAGUUCUCACUGGGCUGUUCCAACUCAAGCGAAGUCCAAUCAGAAUACACACAAGAGAGAGAGCAAAACUCAGUGCGCACACUCCACUCGAUUUGUUGAACUCAAGAGCAGAGUAAGUUGAUGAAUGAAAAUUACAGCAAUACAUUCUUGUACGAUCAUGCAAUUGUGGUAUUUUUCAGAUAUUGUGGAACUGUCGUGCGGAACGGUUUAGUUCGUUUGAUAAGCGUUUAAGUAGACGAUAACAUGCGUGUGCGGCUCGUUGGCUGGUGAUUUCAUUUGUGUGUAUUUAUAGUCGAAAGAUAGAAUAUAUAUGUGAAUGCAGCCAUAACAUAUACAGUUAAACGUAUAUACGAAAAGAUAUACAAAAAUGAAUGUCAAAGAAUUAAGCAAAUUUAAUUCUGGUCGACGAACAACAAAAGAAUCAAUUAGCCUAAAUUAGAGCAAGAAAACAAUUUUAAAUAGCGAGCGGAAAUUGAAGUUACUAGUGCAAGAAGAUUUCAGGGGAGAAAAAGAAAAAAUAAUAGGUAAUUCAAGAAAGGUUUGUGUGUUCGUGUUGACGCAGUGAAAGCAAACUUAACUAAACCAAGAAACGAGUAGAAUCAAAGCUUUUGCAAAGCGUUAGCUUUGUGUCGAGUGCUUAAGCCGUGUUGUUAUUGUUGUUACUGUGCACAGUUGUGGAAAUUAAAGAAAAAUAAUUAAGAAAUUGCUGCGGGUCAAAGCAAAAUGAAAUGAAAUGCUGGGGUUAAAACCAGUAAAAAAAAUUAUGGCCAGCAGUUUUUACAAGUGCAAAAUUAAAUAAAGAGUUAAAAUUGGCGUAAAAUAAUUUAAACAAAGUCGUGCAAAAAUCACCCGACUUCAUUUUUAGUGCCGGGUUUAAAUGUGAGUGUGUUUUAAACAAUAGAAAAUAACAACAAAAAAGUGCAGCGCUUAAACCAACGAGUGGCAAUUUAACCUACAAAAAAUUAAAUGAAGAAAUGAAAUUAAAAUUAAAAAAAAUAUUGAGUUAUGGUUUAAAAUAUUGACUGCCGACCCUCUCGUGGUAGUAACUCAAACCAAUUUAAAUGAACUCAAACGAAUAUUAAAUUUUAAAUAAUUUUUGCACAUAAAUAAAUUAUUAUUUUGUGACACCCAAAAGAUUUAAACCAACUUUAAAGUAAACAUAAAUCAAAAUUUCUAAAAUUAUACCCAAAUUUAGUUCAAAACAAUAUCUAAAUAUUACCGAAAUGCCUCAACAAGACAGCGAAGCCCUCCGCGUCUGCGCACUCGCCAUGCCCAUUCCGCCCACCACCACAUCCGCCAGCGACAACAGCGCGGUAGCAAACACAAAAACGCGCCCAAACUUGCCAUUUACUGCCACAAUGUGCUGCAAAGCGUUGCUUUUGUUGUUGUUAUCACUAGGUUGCCUUCUCUCUGCCGUCACCUGUGUACCUGCGCCAGCCACAGCACUAGCUGCUGAGACAACGCCAGCAUUGCGCGCCUCACCACCUUCACCGUCACUCAAUGCUAUGGUCGAUGAUCAGACUUUCUUAGCAUCAAAGCGGCACUUUGAGCGCUCACCAGCUGUGGCAUCUCAAGAAACUGCUGAAACCGCUGCAGCGGCCAACUCAGAUAUUGACGAUGACUAUUAUGACGAGGAGGAGCCUGAAGCCGGAAAUGGUAACCAAAAUACGAGUAGUCGUCAGCGGCGUCAUAAAGAAUUAUCGCCAACCGCUCGCUUUGGUUAUGAUGGCACCAAAAUUAACCCACAACAAUUCUAUACGCAACAAAUGGUAGCGAACGCUUUGGAAGGCAACAUUAACGCUGACACGCAUCUUGCGCUCCCCAAUAAUCAGCAAUCGCCGAUGGCCGCACGAGUGAAUAACGACUUAUCGAUAUGGAGUUUGAUGGAUCAUGCGAGACGCAUGGAUAUUUGUGAUGUGUGUAGCUGCGUUGGUAAUACCUAUGUGGCUGUCACUUGUGAUUAUAACGAACGAAAAUCGAGGACACCGUUGAAUGAGAUUUUCGGACCGAUUUACCGCAUACCAACUACGACGAGAUCAAUUGAAAUUAAAUUAGCACCAAAGACUCAUUUCCGUUUGGAAAAGGAUCUUUUUGUAAAUAAUUCACUUAUGAAUAGUUUCACGAUUGUCGGUACGUACAGUAACGGUGAACAAGUGGAGAUCACAACGGGCGCUUUCCCAGGUGAUGCUGGCACCAUGGGGCCAUAUCCAGAAAUUCUGAUGCAAAAUGUAUUUUCGGUGGUGGUGCGAGAAGGCGCUUUUUCAGGCAAUAAAAAAUUUACUGUACGCAACAGUAACGAUUUAAUUUUGUAUUCAAACGCUUUCAAAAAAGCCGAAAUUAAUGGAAAAUUUUUUGGCGUAGCUGAUUUGCGUAUCGAGGAGAAGGCAUUCAAUUCAGCCGACGCCAAGUUAUACAUCGAGAAUUCACAUAUCGACAAUAUCUAUCGUUUCGAAGCCUCACUACGGGAGAUAAAAUUCAACAAUUGCACCAUUAACACCAUCAAUAGUGGUUCCUUCGAUGUCAAUAACAUCUUAAAUAUUAUAUUCGAAAAUAGCAACAUUGGCGUAAUCAAAUCACGCUCGAUUACGGAAAAGUUGUACAGUAGGCACGUGUCCUUUAUUGGCGGCGUUAUUGGCUACAUUGAGGGCGAAGCCAUACAUGGCAGUGGCAUCGGCGAGCUGAUUUUGCGUAACAACAGUAUUGACACCAUCAACGAGAAUGCCAUACAUGUGAAUACCAUCAAUGCCACCAUCAAAGACAAUCACAUCAAACAUCUCGGUCAGAAUUGGUUGCGUAUCAAGGAAUGGUCGAAUAUUGUGAUUGUGAAAAAUAUUUUUGGUGAUUUCGGUGGCAUUAUAGUGGAGGAAACCAAGGAACCAGUCGAUUGCCGCUUCGAAAGUAACUCCGUAACCAAACCGAAGCCAGGCAGUUUGAAUAUACGAAAUCGUCAUUGCAUAUUGCGUGAGAUCAUUGUCGAUCUCCCAUGUCGCUGCAAUCUCGAGUGGCUGGCCGCAUAUUCUGAACGUGAUUUACGUUCGGAAAUCUAUUGCACGAUCGAUCGAAAAUUGGGUGUAUGUUUCAAUGCGACCACCUUCAAUAUGCAGCGUUACGAGCAUGAAGUGUGUGAUGAAAAGAAGACAACAUUAGAUUGUGGCGCCAAUCGUAAACUCAAGAAGGUGAAUGGUGAAUUCUUUACAAACGAAGAGCUCGAGCGACAGGCUACACAAUUCGUACAUAUUAUCUAUCUCGGCACUGCCAUUGUAUUGGCUGUCGUGCUACUAAUUAUAUUAGUGUUGAUAUUGCGGUGCUUUUGUCAACAGCGUAAGGGCAGUCGUGGUGCUAGCGCGUCACAUCAUCAUCGACAUGAAUUCACACAAGGCGAACGUGAAAUAAUCGUGCGCGCCCAAGAUAUAAUAGAGAAGAGACAUCCACAGAUACAACCACAAAUCAAACGUUUGUGCGACGAACUGUUGCAAACGAAUCGCACCGAGAAGCAAUGCAUUAAAACUAUCACGAAAAUCGAGAAUCUACUAAAUGAAGUGGAACGUUGUCAGGAUCUCAAUGCAUUCUGCAGAGUAUUGGUUCAACAUCUGCAGCCGCAAUCGCAACCGCUGCAACUGACAACGAAUGCCAUCUGCAGGACGGAAAGUUUUACACGUAUACAACGAGAGAAUUACACAGGACCACACUAUGCUGGCUGCAUUGAUACGGCUCACAUAAUAGCCAGCAGAGAGGCGGCGUGUUUAGAGCGCGAGCGUGAACGCGAACGCGAAAGAGAACGGGAACGCAUCAAUGACAUAGACAAUGGACGCAACGCUGAACCGCUUAAUAUACCCAAUGAACCCUUCUACGAAGAGUUGGGUCAACCGUUGCUGCCUGAUUAUGCAUCGCCAGCGGAUGGUCGUGUUUAUGCGACACCACAUGAUCUAGCAAUGGGUAUAAAUGCCGAACUGGAGUAUGCGGAGCCCGUCAAUAAUCGAGCCGACUAUGCACACCGCUUGCCAUCUUAUGCCGUGCCAAUGCCCAACCGACUGCCCACACAACUGUCCAUGAGAGCGCCCACAGCAGCGCCGCGUACCCAUCUACCGCCCAGUAAUUUUAAUAACAAUAAUAAUAGCAACAACAACAAUAACAACUCACACCCCCUAUAUCAAGUUAGCAAAUUAAAUGCAUUACCUACAUACGGCGCUGAUAAUCGACCAGCAUUGCCGCCAUCGAAUGUCAAACGCAAGGCUCACGAUCUCGAAAAUAGACUAAACUUUCAACUGCCCAACGCUGCUGAUCAUCCGCCCAAUAAACAUUUAGUCGCUCCGCCUGUUUACACGGCACCCGAUAUUGCGCACAAGCGACCUAUGCCGACACCGGCCUCUACGUUCGCACGUCUGGCUACGCCCGAAGUGGAUGAGACGGAGAUGGAUAUGCGUGGCGCUAGAGCUUUACCACCCGAUGCGGGCUCGGAUCAUUCGGGUGGGAGUAAUGAAACUGUACUGAUCGACGAUGUUAUCGUGUAUGCGGAUGCCUGAGUGGAAUGAGUGUAAAUAAUAUAAUGCGAUUCUCCUAAAACUAUGCUGUGAUGAAAGUGACAGCAAAAUGUAAAAAAUAUAUUCGUCCAAACUCGCUUUAAGCUGCUGACCUAAUAGCAAACUUUUGAGCGUGAUAUUAUGUCCCAAAAAUUAGUAUACUAAUCAUGCUUCCGUAUAAGUGUUUAGACUUUACGAGGGCAUUAGCACACAUGAUGUUAUUGAGAAGACUAGUCUAAGAGGGUAAACAAUAGCAACUGUGUGGACCAUUUUUUCAUUUAACUAUAUUAAUAUACUCCUAUGUAUAUAUGUACUAAAAAAAUUAUCACAAAGUAUUUAGUGAAAUAUGUAUUUAAGCAGACGAAAGUAUUCUAAUGAGGGAGAAAUAUUGUUUGUCUAUAUAUUUUGUUUACAGGUCGUUAUGUAUCCGUAAGUCUUAAAAUGUGUAAUUAAAACUGUUAAAGAACAUAGUUUUAUAAAAAUUUGGUGAGCGCUUCGUAUUUACUUUUAUAUAAAAAAAACGUUACAACUCAAGAAAGCGAUUAAAAUACUGGCUUUUUAUUUUUCCAUUUA